AGGAAGGAAAGAAAGCACAAAUCGUUAGCUGGAGGAAAAGGAAAGAGCAAAGCCGCCAAGAAAGAGCGCGGGAGAGACAGCAAACUUGCCGCUCUCUUGUCACUGGAAAAUGACACUUGAUGUAGCCGAGGGCGCCGCAGCAGCAAAAGCCGCCGCCGCCGCCGCCGCUCCAGUUGAUCCUAUUGUUUCUUAAACUGGCUUCUUUCUUCGGCAAUCCAAAAGGGGGUGACUCCAGCACGGGAGGGACCGCGGCUUCGUCCUCUGGCUCCUUGUUGUGAUCCCCGCCAGCGAACAACCAAGAAUCCUUUUCGCCCUUUCUCUCCUUUUUUUUGAAAUAAAGAUACAGAAGGCCACCCGGCCGCUCACCCUCGGAAAGGACAAGCUCAUCAAGCAGCCAACACGAGCAUCCGCGCCAACCCCGGGGGGUGAUUUUCUUCCCCUUUGGAUUUUCUCUCUCCCCCCUUCCUUUUUCUUCUUCUUCUCCCCUUCAGUGUCUGUGUUUGAUUUUCUCUGAUUUUGCUUUGAUUCCAACAGCGGUUGCAGAGAGAGAGAGAAAGACAGAAAAGAACAGCAACAAGAACAGCACAAACUCGCUGGCGAUUUUGUCCUUACCCCCCCUUUCCUUUGUCGUUGUGUUUUGUGUUGUCGCGUUGUGUUUUGUUUUUAAAGACGAAGGGAGGGCUUGGGUCGUUUUGAUUCAUGUUUGGGAUUCAGGAAAGCAUCCAGCGGAGUGGGAGCAGCAUGAAGGAAGAGCCCCUCGGCGCGGGGAUGAACGCGGUCAGGACCUGGAUGCAAGGCGCCGGCGUCCUGGACGCGAACACGGCCGCGCAGAGUGGGGUGGGCCUGGCCCGGGCUCAUUUCGAGAAGCAGCCGCCUUCCAACUUGAGGAAAUCGAACUUCUUCCACUUCGUGCUGGCGCUGUAUGACCGGCAGGGGCAGCCGGUGGAGAUCGAGCGCACCGCUUUCGUGGGCUUCGUAGAGAAGGAGAAAGAAGCCAACAGCGAAAAGACCAACAACGGGAUCCAUUACCGGUUGCAGCUUCUCUACAGCAACGGUAUAAGAACAGAACAGGAUUUUUAUGUCCGCUUAAUCGACUCCAUGACAAAACAAGCAAUCGUAUAUGAAGGCCAAGACAAGAACCCAGAAAUGUGCAGAGUUUUGCUCACCCAUGAAAUAAUGUGCAGCCGCUGCUGUGACAAGAAAAGCUGUGGCAACAGAAAUGAGACUCCUUCAGAUCCAGUGAUAAUUGACAGAUUCUUCUUGAAAUUUUUCCUUAAAUGUAACCAGAACUGCCUAAAAAAUGCAGGAAACCCUCGAGACAUGCGGAGAUUUCAGGUUGUGGUAUCUACAACAGUCAAUGUGGAUGGCCAUGUCUUGGCAGUGUCGGAUAACAUGUUUGUGCACAACAAUUCCAAGCAUGGGCGGAGGGCUCGAAGGCUUGAUCCUUCGGAAGGUACGCCUUCUUAUCUGGAACAUGCAGCUACACCAUGUAUCAAAGCCAUCAGUCCAAGUGAAGGAUGGACUACAGGAGGUGCCACUGUCAUCAUCAUAGGAGACAAUUUCUUUGAUGGGUUACAGGUCAUAUUCGGCACCAUGCUGGUCUGGAGUGAGCUUAUUACACCUCAUGCAAUCAGAGUUCAGACACCGCCCCGACACAUCCCUGGCGUGGUAGAAGUUACAUUGUCCUAUAAAUCCAAGCAGUUCUGUAAGGGUACACCUGGAAGAUUCAUCUACACAGCUCUGAAUGAACCCACAAUUGACUAUGGUUUCCAAAGGUUACAGAAAGUCAUCCCAAGGCAUCCUGGUGACCCUGAACGCUUGCCAAAGGAAGUAAUACUCAAGAGGGCAGCUGAUCUAGUGGAAGCACUCUACGGCAUGCCACAUAAUAACCAGGAAAUAAUUCUGAAAAGAGCAGCUGAUAUCGCAGAAGCACUCUACAGCGUCCCACGCAAUCAUAACCAACUCCCAGCUCUCGCCAAUACAUCAGUCCAUGCAGGAAUGAUGGGUGUGAAUUCCUUUAGCGGCCAGUUAGCAGUCAAUGUCUCAGAAGCAUCACAGGCCACCAAUCAGGGUUUUACUCGCAACUCGAGCAGUGUGUCGCCUCACGGUUAUGUGCCAAGCACUACUCCUCAGCAGACAAACUACAAUUCAGUCACGACAAGCAUGAAUGGAUAUGGAAAUGCUGGAAUGUCCAAUUUAGGUGGAUCUCCAACAUUUUUGAAUGGAUCUGCUGCCAACUCUCCCUAUGCCAUCGUGCCAUCCAGCCCAACUAUGGCUUCCUCCACUAGUCUCCCUUCCAACUGUAGCAGCUCCUCCGGGAUCUUCUCCUUCUCACCAGCCAACAUGGUCUCAGCGGUGAAACAGAAGAGUGCUUUUGCCCCUGUUGUUAGACCGCAGACUUCCCCUCCCCCUACCUGUACCAGCACCAAUGGGAAUAGCCUGCAAGCUAUAUCUGGCAUGAUAGUUCCCCCCAUGUGAAAGAAUUGCCUUGAAGAAUUAACUAAGGAAGAAGUUGGAUUCUGCUUCAGAACAAAGUCUGACAUAAGUCCCAGAGCGGAACUUUUAACUCAGGCCUUUUUUUUUUAAAGGAAAAAGGAAUCUCUCAAUAACUGCAAAGUUUUUACACAAAAUAAGAUGGAAAAAUUACUGUCCUUGCAAAAUAAUGCUGAAAUUCACCCAGAGUCUGCAACUGCAAGGUGUUAAUUUGAGCUGUCCAUCCCAAGUGCUUGGGAGAGAGAUUUAUUUUGUGUCCUGAAGAAAAUCCACUCGUUAUUUGCUUUUGCUUUAAUUCAUUCACCAUUAGUCUUUUACAAAUCAUAAAGGAAUGAAGAGGCACCUUUGCUAAAAGCCGCUUAGAGGAAAAAAGAAAGGAAAAGCUGCAAUGAAGGGAAGUAAAGCGGCAAACUUAUAGAUGAGUUUGAACGGAACAGAAGUAGAAGUGCCAGUCAGGGGCGGUUAGCUGUGCUUUCUUUCAAAGCACUGGAUGCAGCAGUUAAGGCUUGGCUCAUGUGCAGUUCCUGUCCAGCAACGGUUCCCAUCCAGUGUUUUGCAUUUCUGACACAGACACACAGAGACGCGUUAGGGUUCCAUUUCAGAAGUCAGGAGAAUUUCUUCAGACCCUCCCCAUGACCUUUCUUGCAACAUUGAACUUAGGUGAGUGUGUAAAUAAUGCAAGACAGUAAAGUAGUAAAAGUGUAGCUAAAGACAUGCAUAUCCCACCUUUAUCUUGGAAACCAGUGCCUCUGGAUAUAAUGCUAAAAACUGCAGGAUUAGGUUAGCAUGGCUCUCUUCUCUUUAGCUUAUAUCAAACUUGCUCCAAAUGAGUGGUCUCCCUAAGUACAAUUUAAUUCCAUCUACAUAUACAAACCUUGGGAUUCUAUGUGAUCAAAAUAAAGGCACAAAUGUGAGCCAUUUUAGUACAUUUUUGCAUACCUUCGAUUGAAAUACACCUGUGUUUUUUGUGGGGGUUUUUUUUUUUUGUUUUUUGUUCAGGGGUUAAGACAGAAUUCAUCCCUCCAUCCCCGAGAAUGUCCCAGAAGCACACACACACACACAAACACACAUGCACACACACUUAAACACAAAAAGACAAAUCUGUUUUGAACUGCAAUUGCUUUUGUAUCAGUCAACCACUUUGUUUUGCAACAUAAUCUCUGAAGCCACAGGUAGUGGUGUUUUUGAUAGAAAAACAAAAUAUAAAAGAAGGAUGAGGGAGGCAGAGAGGGGAAAGUUGCAAAAUAAGCCUUCAAAUGAAUUUAGCUCUCAUUACUGGGAAGUGUUCUUAGGCAAAGAUGCAACAAACCUUUAAGGAUGCAUAGCCUCAUCUGUUCCGUCUUUGCAUUUUGUAUCUAGUUAUGAAUACUGCAGUUCUUUUUUCAGGUGAUUUUUUUCAUUUCCCUUUUUUUGGCCAAAGUUAUUGUUCUAUUUAUACAACUUAAUGUCUUAAGACAGUUUUUCAGUCUCUCUCUCUCUCUCUCUCUCUCUCUCUCUCUCUCUCUCUCUCUCUCUCAUACACACACACAAGAAUUAUUGCAUAUUUUGCAGAAUGAGCUCACUACCUUUAAGAUUGCACAUGCUUGCAAAAUGAAUUAAAGAAAAAAAGCUUUUUUUUAAAGAUGAAUUUUGUAAAAUAUCCAUAUAAAUAAUGUAUUUAUCUUUGGAAUUUGUACAUUGCUUUUUCCCUGCAGCAUCCCAGUUUAUUUUAUUGUGUAUGUUUGCUAUGUGAAAAGUGCUAAUUUGUUUGGUCAUUCACAGGUGUAUUAGCUGUUUAAAUGUGAUUUUAAUACAAUUCAUUUAUAGGGUUUUUUAGUAAUUGUUUUAAACCAUGCUUCCAUUUUUGUUUUAUUUUCACUCAAAAGCCAUUGUCUAUUUUUGUAUUAUUUGUAAGUUAAGAAGGUUUUUUCCCAAUAUAUGGCAAAAAGUAGCAUAUUAUUCUUGUAGCAUUUAGUUACGUAGAUUUAAAAAGUAUCCUUUGCUUUUGAGGCUUAUAAAAAAAUCUAAUGCUGUUUUACUCUAUUAAUAUGCAUGGAAUCUCUCCCCUUUGGAGUGACGCAUUUUUUGUGCAUUAAAUAUGGGGAGAUACUUCAUAGAAAUCAAUGAAAAUACUUUCUUUCUUGUCUGCUUGUAUAUUUCUCUGUCUUUCACAUAAAUAUAAACCAGCAGAUUGGAUGCCUUAACAAUGCAAAUCAUAUUCAUUUCACUUGUACAUUGUACUGCGCACCAGAACUGUCAAUCAUCACUAACAUUCUAAGGAGAAAAAAAAAGAAAUUUGAAAAGCACAAAAGAACUGU